AUGCACGAUCACAGUUCUGAUAAUCGUCGCUCUUAUCAUUCUGUAAAAAAUUAUAUUGAGAAGAAACAGGUCGAUGAAUCAAACCAGUCGUUUUCUACCCCAAUUGAGGUUGGAAUCAAUCAACUUCAAAGAUACAAUAAGCCGCAUAACCAGAGAUUAUAUCAUUAUGGACUCUCAAUGAACAGCCGAGCUAACAAUGUCCUACCCAGUGGUUCCAGAGAUAGAUACAGUGUUCGUAGAUUACCUUCUAUGCUAGUUAGAAGGUUUGAAAGUCAACCAAGUCAACUUUCGAACAAGAAUGAUCUCAUGACCAGUGAAAGUAGUUCACAUGGAUAUAUCGGAGGUUUUCGUGGAGGGGCUGAUGGUUACAAUGGGGGUGUGAAAAUGUUUCCACCACCAAGUAUUAUUGCAAAGAUUGGAUCGAAAUAUAGACCUCCUUGUCAUGGGCCCGAAUGUCAUGAUCAUCACAAGGGUAUAGUCAAGUUUUGGUGGAAAAAGGUUAUUUUACCAAAGUCGAAGAAAAUUAAUGGCUACAGCUAUGGCAAGUCUUCAAAUCACGGAGGAGUGGGCGAUUACAGUGGAGGUUUUGGAUCAUUUGGAGAUGAAGUAUAUACAGAAAUUGGAGGGCUAGGAGGAUCUGGAUAUAACAUAGGAGAUGGUGGAUACGGAGGUGACAAUAUUGGGGAGAAUGGAUAUGGAGGAAACGGGGCAGGAGGAUACGGAGGUGGCAAUAUUGGGGAAGAAUGGAUAUGGAGGAAACGGGGCAGGAGGAUACGGAGGUGGCAAUAUUGGGGGGAAUGGAUAUGGAGGACACGGGGGAAAAGGAUAUGUGAGUAA